UGGCGCGCAUUCAGUGGAUCAGUGGCCCGCAAGUCGCCGCGUCGAGCGCUCCACUCUCCGAGCCGUUCCAAUAACGCAAUCGUACGCACACGACUUUACCGAACGCAUUUACGAUCUAUUUAAAGCUUCCUCAAAACUCUCACGCACUGUUUCAAUUAAAUUCAAUUUUAUUGAAAUAUUCAAUUGAUCAAUAAUUUAUAUUUGUUGCCGAGGCAUCAAAUUUCGUAUUAUCAAACACGUGUUUAUAUAUAGUUACCGGACAAAACGCGGUAUCGCCUGAUCCACGUUUUUCACUGCUAGUGAAUAAAUUAGCGGCCUUAGCGUCGCCGGUUGCGUGAAAUUUCACUUUUUACCGGCAAGGACUGUCUCACCAUGUCUACGGGUCUAGCAUGCCGCGCCAAGUGGAUCAUUGAUUCGAGUAAACUACAAUGAAAGUGCACAUAUACAGUGGACAGUUGAUAUCUAUAUCGAAUUAUAAACACAAAAUAUAAUAACACUUGUUGUCUUGAACACAAGAGCCAAAAUUUGGUAGUAUGAAGAUUCCAUAGAGAGAAACUGGGAAUAGAGGCAGCAUUGGUACAAAACAUGCGUGCUAGUGGCUGCCGAGGAUUCAGAAAAAUGGAUAUGCAGUGUUCGAUAUUUAAACUACUACUAUUUCAAAUGGUGGUCGUUCGGUGCACUGCAAGACUACUACCCGCAAAUAUGCCGAGAGUGGAGUUAAGGGGUGAUUUAAAAGAAGAAGUUCAGGAUAGCAUAAGAAACCUUAUACAUACUGGUAUCUACUCACACAAACACCUGGACACGUCACAAGUGCAGGUGGUGGCGCCCGUGAAGGUGACGUGGGACGGCGAGCUGGUCUCGCACGUGCUCAGCCACGCACACGAGCACGGGCACGCGCGUGCUCGCCGGGACCUGCACGCUACAGAGCACGCGCUGCCCCACUCGCUGCACUACAACCUCACGGUCGACGGACGGGACCUCAGGCUGGACCUGAGGCCAUCCGUAACAUUCAUCACGCCAGCGUUAGUGGUAGAGCGACACAGCGUGCGCGGGCGCACGCGCGAGCGGCCGCAGGAGUCGGCCACCGCUUGCCACUACACCGGGACGGUCAGGGGACAACCCGGCUCCGCGGUCGCUAUCUCCGCCUGCGAUGGCCUGGCAGGUCAACUUCGAACGGAGCAUGGCGAAUAUUGGAUAGAGCCCUCAAAACACAAACCCACCGAUGGAUCACCAGGUCAUCCACAUAUUAUAUUUAAGAGAUCUGCCGUCGAUAAAGUAAAGGCAUUCCAUAGAAGAAAAAGAGAAGUAGAACAUGGGAGGAGCAACUCUUAUACAAAUUUAAGUAGCAAUAAUAACGAAAAUAAAAUGAAACAAAACUAUAGAAGAGCCCAGAAAGAAAUUAAAGAUCGAAGACGACGUAAAUUUUUAGAAGGUAGACGAAGACGACUAGAGGCUCUGAGGAAUGAUCCAGCAGCUUAUAGGAGACAUAAAAAGAGACUGCGAAUGGAAGGAAGAAGAUUGCAACCGUCGUCGGCAUCGGCAUCCUCAUCAAGAAGUGUCUCUGUAGAAAAUAGUAAAUCGCUAGAACAGGGAGCGAAGGUUAAAAGUCGUCCGCAUCACAAGCGAAAAAGAAUUCAAAAGAAUUGCGCUACCAAACAACCGUCUUACCAAUGGAAAGAGAGAAAUUUCAAAACGGAAUCCGAAGAUUCUAAAAAGGAUCGAAAUAAUAAGAAAAGCAACCGAAGUCAAGACAAGCAACAGAACAGACAUAACGAUCCAUUGAAACGUGCACAACGCUCGGUCAGUAAACCGCGACACGUUGAAGUAUUACUUGUCGCCGAUAAGUCUAUGACCGAGUUCCACAAACAAGGCGAAUUGGAAAAGUAUCUACUCACGAUUAUGAACAUUGUAUCUUCACUGUACAUGGAUCCGUCGAUAGGAAAUUAUAUAAAGGUUGUCGUGGUGAAAAUUGUACUCGUAGAAGAAUAUCGCGCAGCACCUGAUUUGAACAUUACGACGAAUGCAGAUGACACGCUGUCAUCGUUUUGUCGCUGGCAACAUCAGCUCAACCCUCAGAAUGACAAAGAUCCCCAUCACCACGACGUGGCCAUACUGGUCACGAGAGAGGACAUCUGCAGCCAACACGACACUCCUUGUAGCACUUUGGGCGUGGCGCAUGUUGCCGGCAUGUGCAAGCCAGACCGCAGUUGCUCAGUCAACGAGGACAACGGGAUCAUGCUGGCGCACACCAUCACUCACGAGCUGGGCCACAAUUUCGGCUUGUACCACGACACUGUGAAGAUUGGCUGCAACAGGCGGGAAGGCGCCACGCUCCACAUCAUGACACCCAUCUUUGAAGCCGACACCGUACAAGUGGCCUGGUCUAGAUGCAGCAAGCGUGACGUCACUAACUUUCUAGAUGCCGGACUAGGCGAGUGCUUGAGCGAUAGGCCGUCGCAAGAAGAACCAUACGUGUACCCAGAAGUACCAGCUGGAGUAACAUUCGACGCAGCGUCGCAGUGUCACCUACAGUUCGGCGCGGAGGCGGUGGUGUGCGCUAAGCCGGAAGAGCUGUGCGAACAUCUGUGGUGUUUCGUUAACAACACGUGCAAGACCAUGCUGCGGCCCGCCGCGCCCGGCACCACGUGCGGCGAGAACAUGUGGUGUCAGAAUCUAACGUGCGUGGCCCGAACCCCAUCACCGGUGCCCCGUAACGGUGGCUGGGGGCCUUGGAGCGAGUGGAGCGAAUGCUCGCGAACCUGCGGCGCCGGCGUCUCCACCCAGUCGCGGGAGUGCAACAACCCUGAGCCUCUCAACAACGGCAACUAUUGCAUCGGAGAUAGAAGUCGAUACAAAGUGUGCAACACCGAUCCGUGCCCUAUCAACGAGCCGACGUUCAGGGAAGUGCAGUGCGCGAAGUUUAACAAUAUGGAGUACAACAAUGAAACUAUCACGGAGUGGAUACCCUACAUAGAUCAAGAUAGGCCGUGCGAGUUACAAUGCGUGCCUCACAACAGGAACGACGUAGAAAUGAUAGGAGUUUUCGUAGCCGACGGGACGCCUUGCAGACAGAUCAUCGGUGCCAGGGAUAUGUGUAUUGCUGGAAUAUGCUACAAAGUUGGCUGCGACUGGAUCGUGGACUCCGACGUCGAAGAGGACGAGUGCGGCGUGUGCGGAGGAAACGGAUCAGACUGCAAGACGGUGCAGGGGAUCUAUAAUAAGGACACCACGAGACAAUCUGGAUUUAGUGAGGUUGCGGUUAUACCAGCUGGUUCGAGAAAUGUGAAAAUUCAAGAGAAAGUCAGCCCGGGAAAUUACAUAUCUAUCGGCAGCGCGAAAUCGAGGAAAAUAUAUUUGAACGGAGCAAGAAAUGCCACACUAACGGAAUAUUUCGUAGCAGGAACCCAAGCGAUCUACGAGCGCGAUCGCGAUUGGGAAAAAGUUCGAAUCGUUGGACCUUUGACGGAAGACAUUAAAGUUUAUCAACGUAUCUUCCGCGGCAAGCACCGCAACCCCGGCGUAGCGUACCAGUACACGGUGGACCAGCCGAAGGCGCACGGCAAGCGGUACGCGUACCGACUGUCCGACUGGUCCGCAUGCUCCGUGACAUGUGGAGUGGGCCGCAUGCAUCGGUAUUACACGUGCAUCGACGAACAUCAUCGUCAAGUGGAGCAGUCGCAGUGCUAUCACAUCGAGCAGCCGCGGCACGAGGCUCUGAUGCAGCUGUGUCGGCAGCCCGCCUGCACGCACUGGUGGGUCGGCGCGUGGAAGUCCUGCGCACCGUGCCACAUGCCGGGCGAGGAAGCGACUAAACAACGGAACGUCCACUGCGUGAAUAAAAUAUCAAACAACGUCGUCAGUGAUUCAGAAUGCGAUUUAGCGAUAAAGCCAGUGAACGCGAUCAGGUGUCCCGAAGUACCGGCCUGUUGAAGAUAGCUUGCUGGAAAAACUGGAAUUUUGAUACACAUGGAUAGAAACCUAUAACUUGGAUAAUAAGGGGAUGCCAUGCCUAGCAGCAAGUUUGAUCCAUCCCCAAAAGUGUAGAAAUCAAUUUAAGGUUGCAUACUUAGUGGUAGAUAUAUGCACUUGAAUUGUGGGACUUUAAAAUUCAAAGAAUUUCAGGUAAAACGUUUACAUGCGAUGUGCAAAAUGCACGAGAGUAUUGUGCAAAAUAAACUUUACUAGGAAUGUGUUUUUGAACGAAUGGGUGAUUAUAUAAAGAAAAUGUUUUGUUUUGUCUUAUAUUAAGAAAGUAGCCCAUCGAAUAGGCAUAUUCACAAAGAUUUCUAUCUAUAAUAAUUAUCAUAGAAGUCUUUGCAUACCUACACUUGCGAAAGCACUCGAAUAUGAUCAAUAUGUGGAGACGUACGAAUCUCGCAGGAUAAGUACCUACAUUAAACAUAACUCUGCAAUUACCACUUACUGCCAUAUUAUUUAAGUAAAAUCUAGUUUUAUAGUCUUCGGCUCUUCGGUUAGUUUAAACGAGUAAUAAAUACAGAAAUCUAUAACAGUAUUAAAGUGGUGUAUGUAUUCUGGUACAGACCAACGUGAAAAUGUUAGUAGAUACUAUGAAAUUUGGACCAAAAAUAUUUUAGAAUUCAAAUUCACGUUGCCAUAAUCGCGGUUACUGCCAAUAUGACAUUUGUAUAAUUAAGUAUUUUUAAGAUUUUUACUAAUAAAAUAAAUUCAUAUUUUUAUACAAAUGAUGUAUUUUUGUCAUAGUAAUAAAAGUGUAUCUAAUAAUUUAGCUAGUCAACUCCAUACUAUUUGUUUUAUUGUUUUUGAAAUCUUCAAAAUUGUAACUACUCCAGACUACCUACUUAUGCGAUUCAUUAACUAUGUCAUUUGGACACCAGCAACAUUUUGUAGCCUUUUUGUAGCCAAUUCUUUUAUAAUUUUUAGGUAACUUUGGAUACUAAUUCAUCUAUUCAUUAUAAAUGCAUUUAUAUUUUACGCUUCUCAUAUUUUAUUUUAUUAUUUAACACUUGUAUGUAUGUUCUUUAACUAAAGCUAGAAAAUAAUAGGUGUCACAUCACAAUAUUAUGUAGGUAGGUGGACGACGAAAUUUAUAUUUUGUAUAACUUGUAACCCAACUCAGUAGAUUGUUUAACUUCUAGAUUUACUACAGCCUUCCUUGAGGAGAACUGUUUACCAACAAAAAAAAAUUAAAAUGAGGGUAUAAAUCAUGAAUCAUUUCACACCUAAUAAUAAAUAUAAUUAAUUUGUUCUUAAAUUAAUGGAAAUAAAUUUGAUUACUAAGCUUAUAACAAUUAGAUAUGGUUAAUAUAAAUUAUGUAACUUUUAUAAUCAAACCAUACAUAAUUUAAAAUAAAUAAGUUAUGAAAUGACAUGCGUUUUCUACCUUCAUUUCCAUUUCUUUGUUGGUACUCAUCAAGAAAGGCUGUAUAGACUCCAUUUCAAUAGAUAAGUAAAACUUUAUAUGUAUAAAAAUAGUGAAUUCGUCAAUUGCCUAUUAUUGGAACAAAUACCGAUAUUUAUUCAUAACAGAGUUGUUUGUGUCCUUUAUGUAUUUCAAGUGAUAAGCAUAAUUAUAAUAAUAGCGUAGUAUUUUUAUUUAUCUUUAUACCUAACUUAAUAUUUAGGUGUAAUCUUGUACAUUAAUUAACUGAUGUUUCAGUUCUAAGACUCGUCAGUGAACAAAUUCGUCGAUCUAUUGAUACACAAUUUUAAUUUUCAAUAAUUAUUUUGAAACUAACCUCUAGUUACAUACGUAAUCGUUUUUUUACACUGGUUUAUUUUUGUUUUCUUUUAUAGUUAUCACACAGGCGUUGUUAGUAUAAUUACAAUUGUGUAUUUAAUUAGAGAUGGCAAAUAAAAUUGUGCAUUGUUUUAAA